UCUUCUAGAGGGAAAGUAGUCCAGGGGGGCACAUUAAAAAAGAUUGAUCCAGUAUAAGCUAUCGUGAGACAGUGUUCGAGUAGCUCCCGCCAGAGAAGACGACUCUGCAGCAUUGUUGUGUUUUUCUCUUGUUCUGCACAUGGCUGGGACGGUGCGAGGACCGUUGCUGGACACCAUCAGGAACAAAACGGUCGCUGCUAAGCUUCUGUCUCUUAGCGGCCUGUUUGCCGUGUAUAAACCCAAAGGGCCCACUUCAGCAGAUCUGGUGAACCACCUUAAGGCGAAGCUAUUGGAAGAAGCUGGUUUGCCAAAGCCUAGUAGGAAUACGAGGAAUCACAUCCUAAAGAUUGGACAUGGUGGGACUCUAGAUAGUGCUGCUACUGGAGUACUAGUGGUUGGCAUUGGAGAAGGAACGAAAAUGCUGAGCGACAUGUUGGCAGGUUCUAAGAAAUAUCUAGCCAUUGGCCAGCUGGGAAAGGCAACUAACACGUUUGAUUCUUCAGGAAAAGUGACAGAAGAAAAACCUUACCAUCAGAUAACAAAAGAAGAGCUUGAGAAUGUUUUGCGGAAGUUCACGGGGAGUAUCAUGCAAGUUCCUCCACUUUAUUCUGCCCUGAAGAAGGAUGGACAGAGGAUGUCAGCACUGGUUACAAAAGGAGAGGCUGUGGAACCAAAGCCUGCCAGGCCAGUUAUAGUGUACAGUCUUUCUCUCAGAAACUUCAAGCCACCCUUGUUCACACUUGAUGUUGAAUGUGGCGGUGGCUUUUAUGUCAGAAGCCUGGUCAACGACAUUGGCAGAGAGCUCUCAUCCUGUGCCUCUGUUCAGGAGCUGACCCGAACAAAACAGGGACCGUUUACCUUGGAAGAACAUGCUCUUUAUGAAGACAAAUGGACAAUUGAUGAAAUUGCCCGAUCCCUGGAGCAUUGCAUGCCUCUUCUCUCUGUAGAACCAUCUCGUAAAAAAUUAAAGACAGAGCUGUCUGAAGAACACACUGUGAGCUGUGAAGAUAAGUGAUAAGUCAGGUCAAGGAAAAAGACUGAAUGACUGAGACGUUUUAAGAUUGCUGUGGGAUUGUCUUGUCUCCCCCUGUAAAUUUACAGUCCUGUGUAUGGAGGAUGACAAAUUACAAUGCAUUGAAAAUGAUAGCUUUCUAUCUUUUCUGUUCAUGCUGAAACAAACACAAGAAAAUGUCCAGCAUUUUUUAUUUCCUCUUGUAUCUCUAGGUUGCAUUGUAAAUGUAUUUGUCAGGGAAGCAAGACUCCUUGCUGCACCCUUGAAAAGAGUUUACAGGAUACUUUUUUUUUACUUCAAUUCUUUGUUUACCGGAAGUCAUUUUGAGCUUUGCUAAAUGGGUCCAGUAGAAAAGAGCAAGAGUCCAGUAGCAUCUUAAAGACUAACAAAAUAUGUGGCAGGGGAUGAGCUUUCAUGAGUCACUGCCUUUCAUGACCUUUCAUAAGUCACUGAAUUUUGAGAUGCCCACUGCCAUAGUGAUGAGCAGCAAGAGUUACACAGUUCAUGGAGGGACAGAUCUGUUGGCCAUUGUGGUAAAACAGAAGGCUCCAUUUUCCUUGGGUGAGGAAAGUUCCAUAGCGGUCAAGGUUGCAAAUCCCCAUACCUUAACGAGGAGUCUGUCCUUUUCCAGUCAUUUCCCUCCAUCACCACCUAACAAAAGAAUUCCAACCAACUGCUUUCUCUAAUGCUUCAUUGCCAUGCCUGUCUCACAGCAAAGAAGGGUGUAAGCAGUUUCAUUCCCACAGCCAGACUUGAAACUAGAUUGAAAAGUGCGUAGAUAAUCAGCAGAGAGGCAGCCACCACUUUGCAAACCUAACCAGCCACUCCUGUAAUGUUGCUUUCAAUAUAAAAAUCAGAGCACAGCAGAUGGGAGUGAUUUAAUCUGCUGAGCGCUUUGUGAGCAUGUCAAUGAGCACCCAAGAGUUCCAAUGAGCUGUGUAACCUCACCCUGUUGAAACUCUCCGACAAAUAGUGCUCUAACUUUUCUGAACUGAUUUUAAGAGAUUUGGAGAGUGAACUAGUAUUUCUUCUGCAUUUUUUGCCACAAUAUACUUGCAAGGAGUGAGGAUAUGAGUCACCUGAAGGGAGUUUUGUCCCAGCCUCUGCAGGUACUGUUUUAAAACCCAGAGCUUGCUGGGGGCAUGAGCUGAAGCGUUUGGUUGUUUCGGCCCUAAGAGUUUGGGGGGAUAAUCCUGAAAGUCUAUCCCUUGGAGCCACAGAUUUAAUCCUCCUUGCUCUGGUGCACCAGCACCCUCGUCACAAAAUGUCCCUCUAACUCAGUCCAUUAUAUGAGAGUCUGAAGGACAGAGGAUCAUAAGCUAGCAGGACAAACUGUAUUUAUUGUUAAAACAGUCGAACAAAAGCAUUAUCAGUCAAAUCAAAUUACUACUGAACUUGAGAGGCUAAAUGACAAGUCUUCUUAAUUAACUGAGAAAAGGAUGGGUCCUGC